AUGGCGGCGGCCCCACGCGCGGUAGCCACAGACCACAACUCAGACAACACAUCGGCUGUGCUGCGGGAAUGGCUGGUGGCUGUAAAGAGUUUGUACCACUCCGUGGAGUGGCGGCCAGCAGAAGAGCCCAGGUCCUACCCGGAUGAGGAGGGCCCCAAACACUGGUCUGACUCGCGCUAUGAGCACGUCAUGAAGUUGCGCCAGGCAGCCUUGAAAUCUGCCCGGGACAUGUGGGCCGAUUACAUCCUGUGUCCCAGGAAGGGGGGCCGUGACCAGAAACCAAAACUCAGUGAGGAAGUAUCUAGAGGCAGCAAGUGCUGUGCUCGUAGAAAGGCAGCUGGUGAUGGAUCAGUGUCCUGGGGUUGCUGUGACAGAGAACCACACACGGAGCGCACGGCGCUGUGGGUAGCCACAGACCACAACUCAGACAACACAUCGGCUGUGCUGCGGGAAUGGCUGGUGGCUGUAAAGAGUUUGUACCACUCCGUGGAGUGGCGGCCAGCAGAAGAGCCCAGGUCCUACCCGGAUGAGGAGGGCCCCAAACACUGGUCUGACUCGCGCUAUGAGCACGUCAUGAAGUUGCGCCAGGCAGCCUUGAAAUCUGCCCGGGACAUGUGGGCCGAUUACAUCCUGUUUGUGGAUGCAGACAACCUGAUCCUCAACCCGAACACGCUAAGUCUCCUCAUCGCUGAGAAUAAGACAGUGGUGGCUCCCAUGCUGGAUUCGCGGGCCGCGUACUCCAACUUCUGGUGCGGGAUGACUUCCCAGGGCUACUACAAGCGCACGCCUGCCUACAUCCCCAUUCGCAAGCGGGACCGCCGGGGCUGCUUUGCCGUUCCCAUGGUGCACUCAACCUUCCUGAUCGACCUGCGGAAGGCGGCAUCCAGGAACUUGGCGUUCUACCCUCCUCACCCUGACUAUACGUGGUCCUUUGACGACAUCAUCGUUUUUGCCUUCUCCUGCAAGCAAGCAGAGGUCCAGAUGUAUGUCUGCAACAAGGAGGCGUACGGCUUCCUGCCUGUGCCACUGCGAGCACACAGCUCCCUGCAGGAUGAGGCCGAGAGCUUCAUGCACGUGCAGCUGGAGGUCAUGGGUGAGUCCGCCCGCGCCAAACGGGGAGGGCCGAGUCACCUCCCUUUCUCUGCCACCUCAAGUCGGGCGCCUGAACACUGAUGGAGCGUGUGUCUG